AUGAAUCUUCUUUCCUUUUCAUCAUCAUCGAUCAAUCAUCAAAAAAGUUCCAACUUUAGUCUUUCGUUUAUUACUACAACUACAAUCACAAUGCAAUUCCAAUUAGUCGCUUUAUUAUCUAUUGCUGCUUUAGCUUCUGCUCAAAACGCCUCAACCGUUAUUGUUGAUAAUGAAUCCACCAUCACUUCAUCAAUCGAAGACUGUGGUCCAAGUGUCACCAACUGUCCAGCUAAAUCUACUGCUCACGUUAACUCAACCUCAUCAAACGGUACCGUUGCUCCACCAACUGUUUCAACUUUCGAAGCUGGUGCUGGUAGAGCUAUCUACGCUCAAGCUGGUGUUGCUGCUUUAGCCGGUGUUGCUGCUUUAUUAUUAUAA